AUGGAGCAGACGGACAGACACCCCAUUGUUUCGUUCAUCUCUGCGUUCUUCUGGGUUAUACUUUAUUUACUAUCAUGGGUCAAGGCUCUGGUAGCAUUUGCAACUAUCACAAUUCCGAGGCUGAUUUACUCUCUACUCUCGUACUCGAUGACGCUCACGCUGAAUUUUUGGUCAUUCGCCGUUAUCUUCGUCGCCUCCGCUGUCGCUUUGAACUACUGGAUACGCUUCCGGUACCUCAAUACGUACGCUGAACUGAAAGAGCCGCCGCUUGUGAAGCCGAACGCUCAGGAAUUGCAUCCCGACGUCAAUACUACAGACCAGCCUCCUGCAUUCCAUAAUUAUCUCGACGAAUUUUUGCAGGCGGUGAGAGUAUUUGGAUUCUUGGAGAAACCCGUUUUCCAUGAAUUGGCACGGCAUCUCCAAACUCGUAGGUUGAUCGCCGGCGAUAGCUUGUCUUUGGAUCAGGACAAGAGCUUCUAUUGUGUCGUUGACGGUACUGUCCAGGUGUAUGCACCCAGCGGCAAGUCUCCUGAACUCCAAAGUGGCUCUUGGGACGACGAAGACAUGAACGGGUAUGAACUCAUGAACGAGGUCGGGAGCGGCGGGAUGUUGUCUAGUCUAUUUACCAUUCUCAGCUUGUUCACGGAGGACGUCAAAAUCAGCUGGCAGAACGGGGCUGACGUCGACGCCAACUUCAGCGUGAGCACGGAUGCGGCGCCCAGACAGCCUUCGGGCCCGCGGAAUCGCACGAGACGCGCCAAUUCUGACGUUUCACAGCUGGAUCUUGAUUUGAUGGCGCAGAAGUCGCGCGCGCGGUCUGCAUCCGUCUCGUCGUCUGGAUCGACCGUCCAUCCUGGCGAGCCGUCCUCGCCUCCUGCCACUACCAGGGCGCAUACACCACUUCAGCGUACUGAGACACCGCAGUUUUCGACACUUCACCAACGCCGGCCUCCUCCUCGGAGAAUGUCCACUGUCCAGACGCAGAUUCAUCACGGGACUGUGGCUCGCGCGACCGAAGACACGACUCUCGCCGUUAUCCCAGCAGAAGCGUUCCGGCGGUUGACUAAGAAAUUUCCAAAGGCCACGGCACAUAUUGUUCAAGUGAUCAUGACACGCUUUUCGCGCGUCACCUUCAAUGCCGCUCACAAAUAUCUUGGUUUGACCACCGAAGUUCUUCGGACCGAGAAGGCCAUCAACGAUAUCGCUUGCCACCCACUGCCAGCUGCUUUCUACGAGGGUGGUGGAAUGCAACAACUGCGACAGCGUUUUGACAGAGCAGGAUCGGAAGAGCCAGUCGAUUCAGGCCCCGAUUAUUUCAGUCGAUCACCUUCUUCAACAGCUGUAUCAUCGAAGCCCUAUAAAUCUAACCCGCUACCGAAGUUCGAACUGGCUGAUAAUGUUGUACCGAUAGAGAAGAGGCCCGUUUUUUCCCCAAUGAGGACACGGUCUCCCCGCCACAUGGUUCAAGCUGGAGAUUUGCACAGCUCAACUGCUCACUCCAACGACGCUUACAGACCUCUUCACAGGAGCCUCAGCAUUCUCAGCACGCCUCACAUUCCUCGCCAUACCGAUGCGUCGGCUGCACUCCAGGAUUCGAUGCAUUUUCCUGAAGUCGAGAGCGUGGCUGGUGAUGACUUUGACCUUCGGCAAGAGGUCAUGAAUUGUAUUGCGGUCUCGAUCGGCUUAUUGCAGCCGCCGCUCAGCGGUGACGCUUCGGUGGAAGCGUCGCCUGCAUUUUCACCCACGGACAGUGGGCCGGCCUCUCGCGGCGGUGUCUUCGCUUCUUCUUUCGGGUCUCUGUCGUUGCUGGACAUGGCCGAUGAUGCUUCGAGUGCGACCGGCACAUCGUCUGUGACAGCGAAUGGCUAUAUGAGCGGGCUUGAUAAUGAAGUCGAAAUACUUUUCUUCAAUGCUGGUUCAUAUUUAGCCAAAGCUGGAGAAAAGAACACAGGACUGUUCUACGUCAUUGAGGGUUUCCUCGAUAUCGUGCUGCCCCCGGAGAACACACCUCCAUCAGCAGGAAAAAAGCGUGCGAAGCCUCCUCCAGCGACGCCAGACUCUCUAUACGAACAGGACACUGUGCUGGAGAGCACACGAGAUACAUCAAAUCAAGCCCGCGCGCAUGAGACACGGCGGCCUCUGUUCACUGUCAAACCGGGUGGUAUUGCUGGUUAUCUAGCGUCUUUAACGAACACUGCUUCAUAUGUGGAUAUCGUGGCGAAAACCGAUGCAUAUGUUGGGUUUUUACCACACCACGCGCUGGAACGCCUGCUCGAGAAGCAACCCAUCGUUCUGCUGACACUGGCAAAACGUCUCAUAUCGUUAUUGUCACCACUCAUUCUGCAGAUUGACGCAUCUCUGGACUGGAUGCAGGUCAACGCCGGGCAAAUUCUGUGGCGCACUGGAGAUGCCAGCGAUAGCUUUUACAUUGUGAUCAAUGGACGUCUUCGCGCGAUCACCGAAAAGGAACAGGGCGGCGUGCGUAUCGUGGCGGAAUAUGGUCAGGGGGAUACUGCGGGUGAAGUAGACGUCAUCACCAGUUCUCCGCGAAAAAACACUGUCCAUGCUAUUCGCGAUACUGAGCUCAUCCGAAUGCCCCAGACUCUCUUCAACGCCAUUUCAUCACGGAAUCCUCAGACAACGGCACUCUUGUUACGCAUGAUCGCCUCACGUGUGCGAAGCGAAAUCGACUCAUCCUCUACGAGCUCGACUACAACCGAGCUACGUCGCAACACAGCCAAUCUCAAAACUGUCGCCAUCCUUCCCGUUUCGCGUGCCGUCCCCGUCGACGCCUUUGCUCGCAAACUGCAUGCUGCUUUGGAAGGAAUCGGUGCUCCGACUUCGUUCCUCAAUCAGGCGUCUGUUUCCAACACCCUUGGGCGCCAUGCAUUCACGCGGAUGGGCAAGUUGAAGACGGCCGCAUGGCUGGCAGAUCAGGAACAGAGGUACAAGAUCGUGCUCUACGUGGUCGAUUCGGCCGUGAGUAGCUCAUGGACACAGACGUGCAUCCGACAAGCCGACUGCGUGAUGGUCGUGGGUAUGGGAGAGGAUCCUUCCAUUGGCGAAUUCGAGCGGCUGCUGCUCUCUAUGAAGACAACCGCCAGGAAGGAGCUUAUUCUUCUACACCCAGAUCGUUCAGUUGUUCCUGGAUCAACCCGAGAAUGGUUGAAGAACCGUCCUUGGGUUCAUCAACAUAUUCAUGUUGAGCUUCCGGGCUUAAAACUGCCAGUCCCAAAACCCAACCCUGCGUCUCCCCAGGAUCCUGCAGCAGUCGCCGCUCUGAAAAACUUAAAGGAUAAGGUCCAGAGUGAGAUCCAGAAGUACCGCGGCGGAAGAUCAGAUGUCCGCCCUCAGCGUCAGCCUCAUGCAAAUGAUUUUGCACGGCUCGCGCGCAGGAUUUGUGGCAAGUCGAUCGGGCUUGUUCUAGGUGGCGGAGGUGCCAGAGGGAUUGCACAUCUUGGCGUUAUCCGUGCGUUGGAUGAGUACGGCAUCCCGGUUGAUCAUAUUGGCGGUACCAGCAUAGGGGCAUUCAUCGGAGGUUUGUAUGCCAGGGAAGGAGAUCUCAUUUCAAGUGCCGGGCGAGCCAAACAAUUCAGUGCCAGGAUGGGCAACAUCUGGAGGAUGCUGUCAGACGUUACAUACCCAAUCGUUGCCUACACCACCGGACACGAGUUCAACCGCUCAAUAUACAAGGCAUUUUACGACCUACAUAUCGAAGAUAUGUGGCUACCUUACUUCUGCAACACUGCCAACAUCAUCGCUUCGCGCAUGGAGAUACACGAAACUGGUUAUGCUUGGCGAUUCAUUCGUGCUUCGAUGACACUGGUCGGCCUUCUACCUCCGUUAUGUGACAAUGGGAAUAUGCUUGUCGACGGGGGUUAUCUGGAUAACUUACCUGUCUCUUCUAUGUUUGAUGUGGGGCCGAGCAUCGUUUUCGCAUCAGAUGUUGGAUCACUUGACGACAACUCACCUCGAAAUUUUGGAGAUACCGUCUCGGGGUGGUGGCUGCUCAUCAAUCGCUGGAAUCCGUUUUCAAAUGCGAGAAUGGUGCCAGCUAUCACAGAGAUCCAGGGUCGUUUGGCAUAUGUAUCUAGUGUGCGCACUCUUGAGAGCGCCAAGGUAGCGCCUGGCUGCUUCUAUAUGCAAAUGCCUGUUCAUGAGUACGGUACCCUGCAAUUUGGGAAAUUUGAAGACAUUCAGGAGAAGGGAUAUAGAGCGUCUUUAGACUUGCUCGAAAAGUGGGACGAGGAAGGAAAGCUUCCGUCCGGUUACGUCGAAGGAAAGGAGGCAGUUUCUAAAAGAAAGAAAAAAGGUCGAAGCGCAAGACGAAAUUCUAUAUGA